GACGAAAUCAACAAAUAUAAAUUCGAUCCCCCCACCGUCUGGGCCCGAAGGCGAGCGGGAAGGAUUGCGGAAGUAUAUAUAGGUGGUAAGCAGUAGAAGGGCACUUUCGCUAGGUUAUUCGUCCAUAUACUAGCUUUUAGAAUUAACUCGGGAAGAUCAUGGCGUUUUCACAACACCACGCUUCCCCUGAAUAUGGCUUUAACGAUUACCCCUCUGGCCGCUAUGAUCAAUACGCACAAUACAGUUACGACUAUACCAACGAUACCUACCACAAUGACAAUCAAGGAGUUCAGUAUAGUCAACCGUCAAAAGACGCAAAUGGAAAUGGGGUACAAGUUCACAGCGAGCCAGUAGACGACGACGCUGCACCACAAAAUAUAGUCGACAUCAAUUUGCAAGAUCCUAUACUCGCGGUAGUUUUUUUCAUCGGGGGCCUUUCGGCUGCAGUAGGCCAUCACGUAUACUACCAAAGGCUACAUGGAUCGCUUGUCACAUCUGAGAACCAACAGUUUUGGGCGAUUAGAAUCGGCGCUGGGCUUGCACUAAUCACCAAGUGUGGGCUGGUCGCGGCGGUAGGCAUUGCCGCUGUCCAACAAACUUGGUUGUCGUUGAGGAAGAGAUCUAUAUCGAUUAAUGGUAUCGACAGCAUGUUCGGUGUGAUGAGAAACCUAUGGUCAUUCUUCAGCACAGAUUUCCUAGUGAAUGCGAAACGGCUCUACUUACUUGCUGCGGUCGCAUGGCUACUUCCCAUUAUCACGGUCAUAACGCCGGCAACCUUGUCCGUUAAAUCGCACGUGGUUGAGGACAUUGUCGACACCAAGGUCCCGACCUACAACUUCUCAAGUAACGAUGGCUGGGGAGUAUAUGGUGGUUGGGGAUAUAUUUCUGGCGUGGCACCUGAAAUCGCACGCUUGUUCACGAGGACUUAUAUAUCGAACAGCUUCGUACCUGAAAGCCCUCCGUUCCCCGACGCAUCGUACAAUCAGAGUUUCUGGGGCCCCUCUUAUAAAUGCUCGAAGCCCAGCGAAAUAAUCAAGACCAGAAAUAACCGUACUUGGGACUAUGCCGAGUACAACUACACGACGUUUGAACAAGCCUUCAACGCAGAAAUCGUCGCCCCUAUAACAGAGCGCAACCAUUCCACAGGUCCGAUACCAUUAAUUUAUAAAAGCACUGCCCCUACGGAUAUGAACAAUAUGAUCCUCAUUGGGGCUAAUGGUAUCAACGAGCGUUGGAGCGAUGAUAUUCACAACUAUGUUGUCUGCCAGCUUUACAACACCUCAUACAGCGUAACCAUGAGAUUUGACAAAGGCAUUCAAUCAAUACAGGAGAACUCCGUCAAGUAUAUAAGCUCCCAGGAAUGGAACAAUGUUCGAGGCAAAUCUUCUACCGCAUUGGGUAAGGGCGCCUGUGCUCCUGACCCGGAGGCAAAUAACGCUACCAUCUGUCCGACUUAUUAUAUGUACCAUUACGUCUUCCAAAAAUUUCUAGCCGGUACGAUUCUGUCUAAUGCUGGGGGCGAAUUGAUUUUUCAAUCCGACGGGCCUACGGUGAUUAACGCCGAGGCCUCUCAAGCUCCUUUUUUUCAGUCAGGUUUAACAGACUGUCCGGAAAUCUGGAAUUCAUCAAGCUACCAGACAGCGUCAGGCGGUCCGCUUGCGUUUCAAACAGCUGAUAAAUGCACGGGGGGGACACUCGCAUCGGCGAUCGAACACCUCUCCAGGAACUUCACGUAUAGCCUCCUGACUUACAGCAACUGGCGGAACUUCACGACCGAGGUAUCGAUUACCGUACCGACUGCGAAGAACUUCUAUUACUACAACAGCCGCAUCCUACUGCUUGCGUAUUCUGUGGCAGUCGUAUUCACGCUGCUCUGCGUCUGCGUGGGACUUGUCGCAUUGAUGAAGAACGGCUAUACUAGUAGCACGGCCUUCUCCACGGUGCUGCUGACGACCAGAAACCCUGAUCUCGAUAGGUUGUCCAUGGGCAAUACUCUUGGGGCACAGCCUCUGCCGAAUCGGAUUAGCGCUACCAGGCUCCAAUUUGGUACGUUGAGAACCGAGGGGUCGGAACCGCACGCGGGCUUUGGUAUGGAGGGUACCGUAGCACCGUUAGAGAACGUAGCGCCAAAAUCAGGAAUGUUGCGAAAGAGAGUAACCGAAAGGGUCGUUACGUAGAAGAGACAAGUCGGAAAAUAUAUUGAACUUAUUGAAAGUAUCUAACGUUCUACGCUAUCUGAGGUACCUAAUGUGGUAAUGAGAAAUGAAAACUUAUUAAUAGAUACCACUUGCUUCUCGCAUCGGAUAUAAGAGCACGGUGUGAUUACGAUAUUGAAUCAA